AUGGCCGCUCCGAAGAAGAAGAUCGCCAUCAUGACCUCUGGCGGCGACUCGCCAGGCAUGAAUGCCGUCGUACGUGCCGUCGUGCGCAUGGCGAUCCACCUAGGUUGCGAUCCGUACUGCGUCUAUGAGGGCUACGAGGGCCUGGUCCAGGGGAAUGCCUUCAUAAGAAAGAUGGAGUGGGACGACGUCCGCGGCUAUCUCUCCGAGGGUGGCACUCUCAUCGGAACCGCCAGGUGUAUGGCAUUUUUUGAGCGUCCCGGACGUCUUCUCGCUGCCAAGAACCUGAUCCUCCACGGAAUCGAUGCCCUUAUCAUCUGCGGCGGCGACGGCUCUCUGACGGGCGCCGACAGGUUUCGAUCCGAGUGGCCCUCCCUCAUCCAGGAACUCGAGUCGACCGGCCAGCUGCGGGCGGAACAGGUAUAUCCCUAUCGCCACCUCAACAUUGUCGGGCUUGUUGGCUCCAUCGACAACGAUCUCUCCGGAACCGAUGCCACUAUUGGCGCGUACUCUGCCCUAGCUCGUGUGUGUGAGAUGGUCGAUUAUAUUGAGGCUACCGCGUCUUCUCACUCGCGCGCUUUCGUCAUCGAGGUCAUGGGCCGGCACUGCGGCUGGCUCGCCCUGAUGGCGGGCGUAGCCACCGGUGCCGACUUCAUCUUCAUUCCAGAAAAGCCUAGGGAGGAUAACUGGAGGGAAGAGAUGCGCCAGGUCAUCCGCAAGCACCGAGACUGGGGCAAGCGUAAGACCAUCGUCAUCAUCGCUGAAGGCGCCCUCGACAGACACGGGGUCAAAAUCACGCCAGAGAUGGUCAAAGACCUCCUCGCUGAUAAGAAAGGUUUGGCCCUCGACACCCGCAUUACCACCCUUGGCCACGUCCAGAGAGGAGGCACUGCGGUGGCAUACGACCGGAUGCUCGCUACAUUGCAAGGAGUCGAAGCCGUCAAAGCUGUGCUCGAGGCGACACCUGAGACUGAAACUUGCGUCAUCGUUAUUAAUGAGAACAAGAUUGUCCGAAAACCUCUCAUGGCUGCCGUCCAGGAGACGAAGGAAGUGGCCAAAGCCAUCGAGGCCCAGGACUUUGACAAGGCCAUGUCUCUCCGUGAUGCUGAAUUUUCAGACCAGUAUAAGUCGUACACGAUGACAACUACCGUAGGCCUUAACGAGGCCAUCCAUCUAGAUGACUCGAAGCGAAUGAGGAUUGGGUUUAUCAACGUCGGAGCGCCCGCAGGUGGUAUGAACGCCGCGAUUCGUGCAGGCGUAGCUUAUUGCCGAUCUCGUGGACAUGAGCCCGUGGCAAUUCAUAAUGGCUUUGCCGGCUUUGCCCGUCAUCAUGGUGAUAAACCGCUCGGCGCCGUACGACCGUUUGACUGGCUGGAGGUUGAUGGAUGGGCAAGCAAGGGCGGUUCCGAGAUCGGGACCAACCGUGAGCUUCCCGCAGAAUCCGGCAUGGAACUAAUUGCUAGCCUGAUCGAGAAGCACAAAUUCGAUGCCUUGUUCUUAAUUGGAGGUUUCGAGGCUUUCCACUCCAUCUCGCAACUACGCAAGGCUAGAGCUAAGUUCCCCUCGCUCUGUAUUCCGAUGACUCUAUUGCCGGCUACCAUCUCGAACAACGUUCCCGGUACGGAAUACUCACUAGGCUCCGAUACGUGCCUGAACGAACUUGUCGCGUACUGCGAUAAGAUCAAACAGUCUGCGUCGGCCACGCGACGACGGGUCUUCGUAAUCGAAACGCAAGGUGGCCGGUCCGGAUAUGUAGCGGUUCUGGCUGGGUUAGGCGUUGGUGCAAGCGCUGUCUAUAUCCCCGAAGAGGGAAUUAGUCUUGAGAUGCUCAAUGCAGAUGUUAGGCAUCUGAAGGAAGUCUUUAGAAAAGAUCGAGGUCAGUCACGAGCAGGCAGGCUAAUUCUCGUCAACGAGAAGGCAAGCAAGGUUUUUACAGCCAAACUCAUUGCCGAUAUUAUCCGAGAAGAGGCACAUGACCGGUUUGAGUCGAGAGAUAGCAUCCCGGGGCAUGUUCAGCAAGGCGGUGUCCCCUCGGCCAUGGACAGGUGCCGCGCCGUCAGGCUGGCCAUAAAAUGCAUCCAGCACCUGGAGACAUACGGGCCCCAGCCGCAGAAAAACCCUGACAAAAUUAUCAACGACUCUCUGAGUGCCUCGGUCAUCGGUAUCCGAGGUGCGGACGUAGCGUUCUCGCCCAUGGACGAGCUUGAGGAGACGGAAACCGACUGGAAGAACCGAAGGCCGACACAGGCCCACUGGCUCAGCAAUAAGGACGUCGUCGACAUCCUUGGUGGCCGUCCUCAAUACCCACUGCCGGAGAAGAGCCUAGUCGGCCUUAUGGCCAAGGAUGCGAAGCGGGGGCUCAUUCAAGAAUGA